AUGGUAGACAUUGAUGUUUUCGGUGAUACAUUUAGGCAGUGGAUUUGUCCUGUUGGCGCACCAAGAGGCGAUGGUAUCAAUUGGAAGUUAAAUAAUCAACAACAACAACAACAAUCUGAACAACUUGAAGGAUAUCCAGCUGGACCAUAUCCAGGAAGCCAGGCAGACAUUGAAAUAGCUCGAUCCGAAGAGGGAAUUCUUUCAAGUGAUAUACUACAAAAAAAUGAAAGAUUCAUUGGAGAUAAAGCUUAUCAAGGUGAGAGAGAAUCAUUCAAGGCAAUGAUAAAGAAACCAAGUGGCGGUACACUUACUCCAUUGGAAAGGGAAUUCAAUGCUUUCUUAUCUUCGAAAAGAAUCAUCAUUGAGAAUGUUAACAAUCGGAAUAGUAAAAAUAUUAAUUAA